UCCUGAGCAUCAAACGGAGCUGGAUCGUCGGAGAAGCAGCAUGAUUGACGAACACAAAAUGAAGAAACACUCGGAGAAUAAGCAGCGUUCGAGCAGCAGACCGCGCAAGUCCCACGAUCCUUUGAGGAAAAAGAAAAAGGCUCUAAAGAAGCUGCGCAUGAUGGCACCCAAAAUAAAUUUCUCCUACCAGCUGUUCCUCUACCGCCAGGAACUCAAGCGGGCCAGUGCGGACUUCUCCUACUUGCGUCUGUCCAGAGCCAAGAUAAUGCUGACCAAGGAGCUGAUAGCCAAGAAAAUCGGCAGCUGCGAUCAGAUGAGCAGCGUGGACGAUCUGAAGAUGCUCAGCCGGGAGGUGCAGUUCAAGAAGCGUCUCACCAGUCAGGUGGAGCGCCUGGAGGAGUUCAAGAACCUGGGCCUCACCGAGAUGAUACUCGAUGGCAAGAGGACAACCCUAUAGCUGUGGCAGGAGCAAUGGAAACGGCAAAAGCGUUAGGCUAGAGGCUAGGACUGGGCAUUUACUUUAAGCUAGUUGUAAUCUGUUGGGCUGUAAUAUUUUAUCAAAUAAAAUAUCGCAACGAAUAAUUUAA